AUGGAGAGUUACUACUGUACAAAUGAGCAGCAAGCUUUCAUGGAGGAGCUUAUGGGCUUCAGAGAAAUGGAAAAUUUCUACGCCAAUCAAGCUUACUUAAACGCCAUUAAUAAUGGCGGAUCUCUCACCCUCGACUCCAUCUACAACAACACCGCCGCCACAAAUUUUGCCCCAAAUUCCAUGGAAAACAGUUACAACCCUAAUUACCUCAAUAACAAUAACCAGAGCUUCGUUUCAUCCUCAUACGCCCACUACGGCGAGGAGCUCUCCCCUCCGGAUCUCACGGCCGAUUCGUCCGGCAGUCGGAAUCUGGACGGCCACUUCUACCUCUCCGGCGCCGGCGAGAGCCUGUUCCCCAGGGGCGCGGGGUACCAGGGUAUGGAUAUCGGGGUGCCGUGUAAGGCGGAGCCCCAGCCCGAACUUCCUGCGGGCUUCAACAUGGCCUUCGGCCCGGCCCAAAGGGCAAAGCCUAAGAAGAUCAGCGGCCAGCCGUCGAAGAACCUCAUGGCCGAGCGCCGCCGGAGGAAGCGCCUCAACGACCGCCUCUCUAUGCUCCGAUCGGUUGUUCCGAAGAUUAGCAAGAUGGACAGAACAUCUAUACUUGGAGACACCAUAGAUUACAUGAAGGAGCUGAUUGAACGGAUCAAUGGCUUGCAAAAAGAGAUGCAUUUGGGCACAAAUCAGUUGGCCUCAAUGACCAUUUUCAAUGAUGUCAAACCUAAUGAGAUUGUCGUCAGGAAUUCACCCAAGUUCGAUGUGGAGAGGAGAAACACAGACACAAGAAUCGAGAUAUGUUGCGGUGUGAAGCCCGGAUUGUUGGUGUCAACGGUGACCACAUUAGAAGCAUUAGGCCUCGAAAUUCAACAGUGUGUAAUCAGCUGCUUUAAUGAGUUUUCUCUCCAGGCUUCUUGCUCUGAGGACUUGAAUAAAAGGGCAAUGUUGGAUACAGAGGAUAUAAGACAAGCAUUGUUGAGAAAUGGUGGAUAUGGAGAAAAAUGUCUGUAA